CACGUUCUUUCUCCCAAAGAAAAGAAUGUAAGGUUGCUGAGAUCUCUUCCAACUGAGUGGUACACCAAAGCCACAGCCAUGGAAGAAGGAAGAAAUCUGGAGAACUACACUGUUCAAGGUCUUCUUGAUGAGCUCGGAACCUAUGAGCACGAGCUGAAGAAGAAGAAGGAAGAACAAGUCACUCCCUUCCCCACGGCACUGAUGACAACUCCAAGAGUCCCAUCAAGUGAAGGGACAUGCCCAAGGAACUGUGACACACCCUCCUCCAGCCAGCCGUCAAGUUCAAAAAUGGAGAACUACGAUGAGGAAUUUGCCAUGAUGGUCAAGCAAUUCCGGAAGUUCAAAAAGUUCCUCAAGAAAGCUGACUCAGUCAGAAGGCCAUCCAAGGGAAAGCCACAGGUAAGUGACUCCCCUCCUGAAUCUUAUUUGUGUUACAACUGCAGGAAGCCUAGCCACUGGAAGUCAGCAUGCCCGUACCCAAAAGUGGAGAAGUACGGAGAAAGAGAAAGGAUUGAGAAGAAAAAGAAGGCAAUGGUUGCUGCUGAAAGUGACGAGUCAUCCAGCUCAAGCUCGGAUGAAGAAGCUCUCGUCUGCAUGGAGCGCAGAGCUGAAAAGUCCAAUCAUGAGGAUAGGUGGACCAUCAUACCAACUUCUGAAAAUCUUUUUGACCAGUUCAAAAAGAUGAUGAAAGACUUUGAGGAGAUAAAUCUCAAACAUUCUUCAUUAACAGAGGAGAACAAACUAUUGAGUGAAGAGAAUCUCAAGUUGACUGAAGCCCCCUCAGUGCAAUUCACGGUGGAAGAAGAAGAGAAAUUGCCCGGAAAUUUCAGCAGAGCAGUAAUUGGUUGGUGUAGCUCAAAAACCUACAUGCCUGACGUUGAAGAUUUUCUUAUAAAAGGGGGUUUUAAGGAAUUCAAGCUAAGGAGGCUUAAAAAUCAAGAGAUACUCUUCAUCUUCAAGAGGGAAGAGGACUACCUUCGCUGGUUUCAUAGGAGAAGCUGGAAGAUAAAAUCCUCAACUAUCACGCUAUGCAAAUGGACUCCUAAUCACUCUCACAACUUGGACUACCCAGUUAUCCCUUUAUGGGUUGAGGUUAGAAAUAUUCCUUUACAUCUUUCAGAUCACAAACCUCUUUUCUCUAUAGCAUCAGCUCUGGGCAAACCAAUUAAGCUGGGAGCAAAAACGGCCAUGGGUUUCUACCCGGGCACAGCCAAGGUUUGUGUUGAGAUGGAUGUCUCCCUUGCAAAACCUCCAAAGAUCCAUGUGAGACUAGGCUCAAAAGAUGUGAGGCUCCCUUGCACUUAUGAAGAUCACCCUCCUUACUGCUCCCAGUGUAAAAGAUUUGGCCAUCUCCUUUCCCAUUGCCGGAGGAAAGGUUCGGUGGUGGUGGUGGGCCAUCAGGGAGUGGGGAACUUUAUUCCACAGAUUCAAGAAUGGAAAAUGGUCACCAGGAAACGUCCAAAACCCAGUCUGGCUGUGUCUCCAAAGUCCCCUCCUUGCAGUAAGCCCCUUUCCCAACAACCCAUUAUUAAUUCUCACCAACAGCUAUACUCCAAAAACCCUGGUACCCCUAGGACUUCCACUUCCUCUUUGGCAGCUUGUCCUCAGUUUUUUCCCAAACCCUGCAUGCCACUACUCCCUCCCAUUGUGGAAGACACCUCAGAUGAUGAAUCACCUCUCCAUAAACCCACUUUGUACCGGGCCCUACCACCUUCACCCUUGCAAACCCUAACCCCCCCUUUGCCGCCACCUCCCUUCCCCCCAGACCUUUCUUUCCUUUAUCCCGGUAUUAAUAAUUCUUGCCAAGAGAUAAUCCCCUUCAUCCAUCCUCUUUCCCCUCAGCCUAUUCCAGGGAGUAAAGAUGACUCUUUCUUACCCAUAACCUCUGAUCCUUCUUGGGAGCCUGAGGACUUUGACAAUGAAGAUCCUAAAAGUAUCUCACCUUUGGGCUACCACUCAGAGGGAGACCAACCCACUCCUCAGCAAACCCCUAUUUCUCCUAUGGAGAUGGACUUAUCAUUGUGCUCUAAAGUCUCAAUGCCUUUACAGAAAUCAGGAUUUGAAAAAGCAUCACAUGGUCUCACUGGUUAUGCAACCAGGAGCAAGACAAGGAAGGCUGUUUGGGAAUUAGAUGGCAAUAGUGCAAGUGGACCUGAUGGGUUCAAUGGAAAUUUUUUCAAAGCUACCUGGGAAACUAUCAGACAGGAUGUUCUCACUGCAUCUCAAGAGUUCUUUAUGGGGCAACCUAUUCCUAGAGCUUAUGGAAGCACUUUUUUGACCCUCAUCCCAAAAACUGAUAACCCUAAAAGAUUUGAAGACUACAGGCCUAUUUCUCUCUCCACUUUCAUGAGCAAAAUUAAUACCAAACUCCUUGCAAACAGACUCAACAAAAUUCUGCCCAAAUUGAUUUCUAAGGAACAAGUAGCAUUUCAAAAAGGAAAAUCCAUUGAAGACCAUAUCCUUAUGGCACAAGAAGCUGUCCACCUCCUUGACAAAAAGGUGUUUGGGGGAAAUUUUAUUCUAAAGCUAGACAUGGCAAAAGCUUUUGAUAAACUUGACUGGGGAUAUCUUGAAGCAUUACUUAAGGCUUUUGGAUUCAGCAAUCUGUCAACAACACUUUUAAUGGCUAAUCUUAGAGGGUCCUAUUUCAGCAUCCUUCUCAAUGGUGAGCCAGCGGGUUAUUUCAAAAUGGAGAGGGGGGUCAAACAAGGAGACCCCCUCUCCCCUCUUUUAUUCAUUCUUGCAGCAGAAGGAUUCAGCAGACUCAUAAAUCAGCAUAUGGACUCAUCUCAUCUCCUCAGAUUUAACUCAGGACAGGUCAAAUUCCCUUCCCACCUUAUUUAUGCAGAUGAUAUUAUGAUUUUUUCCCGGGGUGACUCAAGAAACCUCCUCAAACUCAAAUCCACACUAGACACAUACCUCAAGGCAUCAGGACAGGAGAUCAACCUAAACAAAAGUAAAUUUUACACCUCCAAUAACACAACCACCUCACAGAUUCAACAUAUGGAGAAGGCUAUUGGAAUUAGUAGAGGCAAACUUCCUUUCACCCACCUGGGAGCACCUAUUUGUCAUGGGAUUCUGAGAAAAGAACACUGCAAGGACAUCCUAGGACAUUUUGAGAAACGCAUCCACUUCUGGUAUAGCAAAACCUUGAACCAAAUGGGCAGACUUAUCCUUAUCAAGCAUGUGCUUUCAUCAAUCCCAUUACACAUACUUGCAGUGCACACCCUUCCUAAAUAUAUCAUCCAUACUCUUACCAAGUACAUGGCUAAUUUCCUCUAGGGACAAAAGGAGGGUGCACAAAAAUAUCACUCGAUAAGGUGGAACAAACUUACAAAACCAGAGAAAGAGGGGGGUCUUGGAAUCAAAAGCUUGGUAGACCAACAUCAAGUGUACACUCUCAAGCUCUGGUGGAAGGCAAAAAUUGAUGUGGGCAUCCGGGGACCAUUUGUGAGAGCAAAAUAUAUGAAAACAGGAAUCAUAAAGGAGAACAUCACUG